AUGAUUUUUCUUCCUACUUCCACCGUCAGAUGCUUCAGGCCCAAGUUCAGAAUCAGUUCUUCAGAGAAUGACGAUCCUCCUCCACAACCACAAUCACCGUACGAAUCGAAGAAGAAGAAGAAGAAGCAGCAGGAUUCCCGAGAAAAAAUUUCGGGAUCCGCCAACGUAAGCAAGCCGUUUCCUCCCGCAUCGAUUCAAAAUGUAGUAUCGGAGCUCGUCGAAGGAGAACAAUCCGUCGGCGUGAUAGAGAACAUCUUCCGAUUGGGAUGGACCGAUCCGUCGCGAUUCGCGAUCGAGAAGAUACUGAAGGUGAAUCACAGCGCAGAAGUUCUCGAUCGGUUUGAAGCGCACAGGGAGACGAUCAAAUCCAGGGACGCAGAAACAGGGGAAAGGAAGAGGACAGAGAGGUUGGCUGUUGAUGGGAACGAACUCCUGCGGUUCCAUGGAGGCAUCGUGGCCUGUUCUUUAGGGUUCGACGGGGGAUUUAGCAUCUGCGAGAAGAAAUCCUGUGGGAUUUGCAGAAUUCUUGGUUUUAGAUCUUGGGGCGAGGCGGGUUAUGUGUCACUCCUUGAGAAUAGUCGGAAGGCACACGAGAAGGCGACUGGUGAUAGCAUCUCAAAUGGGGUUUGUGGGAGAAAAGCCAUUAUAAUGUGCAGAGUGAUUGCAGGUAGAGUUGCAGAGUGCAGGGAGAAUGGGACUGUGGAUGGAGAGAAGGGUGGUUUUGAUUCCAUGGUUGCUUCUUCAAGUGGGAAUGAAAUUGAAGAACUCAUUGUUUGGAAUCUGAGGGCAGUUCUUCCCUGCUUUGUGGUUAUAUACAAUGCAGUCUAG